AUGCCUAGUUAUGCUAAGUUUCUAAAGGACAUCCUAAGGAAGAAGAAGAAGUUGACUGAGUAUGAGACAGUAGCUCUUACUGAAGGAUGUAGUGCACUUUUGACCAAUAGCAUACCCCCUAAGCUCAAAGAUCUAGGAAGUUUUACCAUUUCUUGUUCAAUAGGAGGAAAGGAAAUAGGGAAAGCCUUAUGUGACUUACGUGCUAGUAUCAACCUUAUGCCUUUAUCUGUCUUUAACACCUUAGGCAUAGGAGAGGCUAGACCUACCACAGUUACACUUCAAUUGGCAAACAAAUCCAUUGCAUACCCUAAGGGAAUGAUUGAGGAUGUUUUAGUACAAGUUAAUAAGUUCAUAUUUCUGGAAGAUUUCAUCAUACUAGACUUUGAGGCCGAUAAGGACAUUCCUAUUAUUUUAGGGAGACCCUUCCUAGCAACCGGAAGGACUUUGAUAGAUGUCCAGAAAAGAGGGUUGAGUAUGAGGCUUCAAGACCAAAAAGUCACAUUUAAUGUUUUCAACUCCUUAAAAUACCCUGAUUAUUUGGAGGAGUGUUCAAGCAUAGCUGAAAUAGAGGAGAUGUGCCAUAAAGAAGAAGUUCAGGAAAGCCUUAAGUUGAAAGAAGAGAGCAUAGAGGAAUUAGAAGAAGAGACUGUUCAGGAAGUAGAGGCAAUAGGGAAUAAUACUGUGUGA